UAGCGCGGGGUAAGGUGCAGGUGAAUAAAAUUUCUUGAGCGGUGGCAGCGUCGACUUUUCUCCUCUCUCCCCAACCAACUCCAUUCGAUUAUCAUCUUGAUUAUUUUCGAUAACGUCGACAAGAUGGCUUUCGGUACUCUCUUCACCAGGGGCAAUGACAACCCCCGCACCACCGCCAUCAAGGCGGUUGCGAAGGCCAACAACCUCGAGCUCAACAUUGUUGAGGCCGACCCUCAGAAGCCCACCAUUGAGCACCUGAAGGCCAACGCUCUCGGAAAGAUCCCUGCCUUCCUCGGCGAGGAUGGCUUUGCCCUUUCUGAGGCCAUUGCCGUUGCCAUCUACGUGACCUCCCAGAACGAGAAGACCACCCUGCUCGGCAAGACCAAGCAGGACUACGCUUCUAUCCUGAAGUGGAUGUCCUUCUUCAACUCCGAGGUCCUUCCCCCUCUGGGUGGAUGGUUCCGUCCCCUCCUUGGCCUCGACUCCUACAACAAGAAGUCUGUUGAGGACUCCUCCGUCCGCGCCCUCAAGGCCAUCAAGACCGUCGAGGCUCACCUCCUCCGCCACACUUACCUCGUUGGUGACCGCAUCACCCUCGCCGACCUGUUCUCUGCUGGUAUCAUCACCCGCGGCUACCAGUACCUCUUCGGCAAGGCAUGGCGCCAGGAGUACCCCAACGUCACCCGUUGGUACGAGACCGUCAUCAACCAGCCCAUCUACUCGGCUGUCGCUGAGAAGCUUGAGUUCCUCGACGAGCCCAAGCUGACCAACGUCCCCCCCAAGAAGGCUGAGGCCCCCAAGGCCGCCGCCAAGGCUGCUCCCGCUCCCGCCCCCGCCGCUGAGGAGCCCGCUGAGGCCCCCAAGGCCAAGCACCCCUGCGAGCUGCUCCCCAAGUCCGCCUACCCCCUGGAUGACUUCAAGCGCUACUUCUCGAACAACGACGAGGCUGAGUCCAUGAAGUACUUCUGGGAGAAGGUUCCCUUUGAGGACUACUCCAUCUGGCGCGUUGACUACAAGUACAACGACGAGCUCACCCUCGUCUUCAUGUCCAACAACCUGAUUGGUGGCUUCAACACCCGUCUCGAGGGCUCCCGCAAGUACCUCUUCGGUUCUGCCUCCGUCUACGGCGAGAACAACGACUCCGUCAUCCAGGGUGCCUUUGUCAUCCGUGGCCAGGACUACCUCCCCGUCUUCGACGUCGCCCCCGACUACGAGAGCUACAGCUUCACCAAGCUCGACCACACCAAGGCCGAGGACCGUGAGUUCCUCGAGUCCAUGUGGAAGUGGGACCGCCCUGUCACCGUCAACGGCAAGGAGUACCCCCACGCCGACGGCAAGGUCUUCAAGUAAGCGCCUGCGCUCACAACCAAACUCAAAGAAAAGAAAAGAAAUCAUGACGGAAUGUUUGCAAUGAAUGACAUGAAGGGAAAGAAUGUGGGUUAUGAGGACACGCGUCGUACGAAUAUUUCGCACGACAACACGUCGCACACACUCUCUAAUUUUCAUAUGUCGUGGAUGCAGAGAUCUGCUCCUAAACAAAGUAGGACGAAAUAUACAU